GACUUGUGCAACUGCACUGGUGAAUGAGGAAGAACGUAUACGUAAGUGUCCGAGCCGAGUUGUUUUGGUUUUGAAGGUGAGCGCAUCUGCCGUUUCUCGUCACGAUGCUCUAGCAGUACCAGCGUUGGCCUAAAGUGUCAUAAUUUACUCAUUUACAAGAGGAAACCCACUCUCUGGACACUGCAUCCCAUCCAACCCCCAAUACUACAAUACUGCUGCGUUGAGAUGAGAAGUAGGUUAGCUUAACGUAAACAAACCGCUGCCGGCACCCCAUGAGUCCCACCUCUGCAGUGUAUGCUAUAAUUUGCGAGGCUGCCAGGUCUGUCAUGCGCUGAAGGGGAACUUUGGCACCGUGACUUCAGGCUGCUCCAUGAACAACCUUAAUGAUCCUCCACGGUGGAACAUAGCGCCUGAGCCGAGAGGAGGUGCGGCUGACGGGGGGAAAUGGAACUACGCGCUCCUUGUGCCAAUGCUGGGCCUAGCGGCCUUUCGCUGGAUAUGGUCAAGGGAGUCUCAGCGGCAGAUCUACGCUGUGAAGAUGCGGCAUGACCAAGACGUGGCGGCGGUGACGCGCGACAUGGAGCUGAAGUACCGCGACGCCCUGCGCGAGACCCAGCGCUCGGCUGCCCAGCUGGAGCUGGCCCUGGAGAAGGAGCGGCAGCGCGUGCAGGGCUACCGCCAGGCCCUGGCCGCCCAGAGCCAGCAGCUCGUGGAGGAGCGCAAGCACCUGCAGAGCCAGCAGCAGGAGCUGGAGCAGGAGAAGGCCCGGCAGGUGGACACCGGGGUGGCCGCGCAGGUGCUCCGCCAGGCCCUCGCCCAGGAGGAGGAGAGGAGCCGGCGGGCCCAGGCGGCUCUCGGAGACCUGGAGGAGCUGCUGGUGGAGAGGCAGGGGGCCUUCUGCAACCUGCUGCGGCCCAGGGAGCACCGCCACGAGAUGGAGAAGGACCUGCUGCUGCGCGUGGCCAAGCAGCCCGAGCUCCGGGAGUUGGGGGAGCUGGAGACGGACCUCAGGGACAUCUUCAAGAACGACAAGCACUGCGGCGACCGGCUGAAUCUGAGGGACAAGAGGAAGAACGGCAGCCUGAUGUGGCUCUACCUCAGGUACUGGCAUCUGCAGGUGACACUGCAGAAGCACCAGAGAGCCGAGACGGCACUACGAGCCGCCACCGACGGCACUCAACCCAAGUGACCUUUUUUGCUGUGAACUCUGAAAGCCAUAACUUGUUUGUUUAGUGUGUUCUUCCAGUAUCAACAUCACCGCCCUUUCAAGUCAAAUGACAGAUAUCAGAUAUCUUCAGAAGUCCUCUAGGAUGCACACGUCCUUGCUAGUGAUGAAGUUGCACUGCUAAAGGUAAAUGCUUUUGGUUCAAGUAUGGCCAAGAACAACUGACAGACUGCUUAGUUUGUUCUUCCAGUGCCACCAUCCUAUAGGUAAAGUUUCACGACUCAUCCACCAUAGUCCAGCCCUUGCUAGUAAUGAAGAUGUGCUGUUGGAGGAUCACAGCGAUAAUUGGUACCUCACAGAGGUAAUUGCUUUUGGAUAAAGAAUAUAUGGUCAAGAACACUAUAAAAGUACCACCGUCUCACAAGUAAUGUUUAACUACUCACAUCCACUAUAGUUCAGAUAGGAGGUCGGCAUGUCAUUCAGGAUAAUAAAUUAAGCACAACCAAGGCGUCUUUGUGCAAGAACAAUUUUUUUUAUCAGAAAUCUCUGCGCAUUGGCUGCUGUCAAAGGCACUACAGCCGUAUGCAGCAUUGUGAUUUUUGUUUUCAGUCUAAAGUCAAGGUGGAGAACGAACCGCUUUGUUUACUUGUAGACGUCUGAUGCAGACUGUAGAUCCCAUUUUGUCACCUAAAAUGAAAUUGCUGCCAAUGUAAUGAAUUCCUCAGUGAAAAAGUGGUUGCACUGUGUGUUAUGAUGCACCUGGCCUGUAAAGGCCACCUAUGACACUUAUGAACAUAAUGUUCUCUCCUGCUUGUUAUCAUCAAUACUGAGGUAUUAAAAUAUGCAUAGUAUAAAAGAUGUGUAAGAGUUUUUUCCCAUUCAUAUUGUUUCAGCAGUCAGGGGGAUCUCUCUAAAAUCCAUAAUCAGGGCAAGAUUGGGUAAACCUGAAGAGUUCUUGGAAAUUUCAGUUGCUG